AUCGCCGAGUGCCUUUCCAGCACAGUUGGUCUGGACGGCUGCGAGAUCUGGUCGCGGGGAGAGGAGAGCUGCAAUUGCAACUCCAGUGUGCUCCUUCCCCGGCAGCAUCGCUGGAGCAGCUGCGAUAUCCUCUGUGCGCCAGCCCCACCAGCGACACGAAGAUGAAAUCAUCUGACAUUGACCAGGAAUUAUUCACUGAAAGUUACUGCAAAGUGUGCAGCGCACAGCUAAUAUCCGAGUCCCAGCGCGUGGCCCAUUACGAGAGUCGGAAACAUGCCAGCAAAGUUCGCCUCUAUUAUAUGCUUCAUCCCAUAGAUGGAGGCUGUCCAGCUAAAAAGCUCCGAUCAGAAAAUGGCAGUGAUGGUGACACAGUGGAUAAGAACAAAUGCUGCACACUAUGUAACAUGUCCUUUACCUCAGCAGUGGUGGCUGAAUCGCAUUACCAAGGGAAAAUCCAUGCCAAAAGGUUAAAACUGUUGCUAGGUGAGCCGCCGGCACUGAAGGCCGCAGAAACCGCCCUGAGCUCCCUCAAGCAGCCGCACACGGACCGUCCCCCCGUGGUGUCCUCGCCGCACCAGCGCAGGGACUCGGACCGGUACUGCCAGCUGUGCGCCGCCUGGUUCAACAACCCCAUGAUGGCCCAGCAGCACUACGACGGCAAGAAGCACAAGAAGAACGCGGCCAGAGCCGACCUGCUGGAGCAGCUGGGGAAGACCCUGGACCUUGGCGAGCUGAGAGGCCUGAAGCGCAGCUACACGUGCAACAUCUGCAACGUCACGCUGAACUCGAUAGAGCAGUACCACGCGCACCUGAAGGGCUCCAAGCACCAGACCAACCUGAAGAACCAGUAGUAGUUCAUCCGUCGAAACAAGGAAAAGCACUGAGACUUCUUCUGCGGGGAGGAACUGCGUAGCGAGAAGAGAGGAUACUUUUCUUGGACAAUGAUCCCGUGGGGAUUCGGUAAUUAACAUGUAACUAACCUUCGCUUUGGACAAAUACAUGGAUUUUUUUUAAUUUUGUGGUGAGUUAAAAUAUUUCAAUGGAUUUUUUUACCCUUUCAAGAUAAUAUUUAUUCAGCACAGAGUCCUAGAGUAUGAUAACUAUCCUGUAAAUACAACACCUAAUCAUCACUCAUCGUCAGAGACAGUGGAAAGAAAAUAUUUUACUUUUUCAUAUUUAUUCCUAGAUUUCUUCUGAGAGUAUGAAAUUAUUCUAUUACGUUAUCCACGGUAGUGAUGUAAUCAGUCUUCAACCAGAAAUAAACAUGCUUUCUUCACCUUCUCCAGAAUGGUUUGUGUCAACACGUAGACAGCCAAAAAUGAAUCGCAGGGAUUGUGUAACGGAUGAAUGUUUUCCUUUCCUCUUUGUCUUCAGAGAAACAAAUGGGUCACUGAACAAAGAAAACUAAAAUGAAAGAGUAGGAUCCUUUUCCUGCUGGUAGGAUUCCUAGAGGCUAGACGGGAGCCAUCCGCUUUACCAACUUUGAAUGCACGGCUACAGCCUGGCGCUCGUGGCGCAGCCCCUGCUGCACGCGCUUUGCCCACCUGCACGUGCAGGGAGGCAGCCGGGCACGAGGCUGGCGAGGAGGCUGCGUUCAGGACACGGAGGCCAACCUGCACCUGACCUGUGCCUGUCCCCGGAGCUGCCCUCGCUGCACGGGAGCUGGGGCUGCGCCAGGGCGAGCGCAGCUGUGCGGCGAGCUUUGCGCUAAGGCAGGAGCCAGCCGUAGGAGCUGCACACCUUGCAGACCCUUCAGGAACACCUCCCACUGCCGGCUGCUCAGGAAAGCCCUCCAGGCCAGGCUCUGCUCCGCUGUGUGCGGGACCCUGGUCCAAGCACUGCGCAGCCAGCGCCCCGCGACAGGGACUGGCUCCUUGCUAACAGGGAAGAAAAAGCCUCAGAGGAUUUGAAGGGAAAAAAAUCAACAGCCUUGAAUGUCCAAGAGGAACACCGUGCAGAUCCCAGCUGGGUCCCAGUCUGUAGCACUUCAGUGCUUGUUGAUGAGGAGGGUGUGAAUUCCUCCCUGGCCUUGGGGUGAGCUGAUAUGUAAGUAACUCUAUGCACUGGAAAUGGGGGAGCUCACAAUGAUUUUAGGUUUUCUACUGUGGUCAGCAGGAGGAGACUGGAUUUCUUACCUAGCCCAUUGCAAUGCAAAGAACUGUAAGAAACAAGAUCAAAUUUCAAGUAGGUCCUACAAGGAAUGCAAAACAAACCUCGCUGUGGCCUGUGUUACACCAACUCAGUUAGUGCACUUUGCAUGCAGCAAACCUAUCUUGUGAAUGCUGAUAGAGAUUAAGCACCACCUCUUUAAAGAGCAGUCUGGUUGGUUUGUAUGUGUAGUAGCACAAUUCUUCUGAGACUGUGGCCAUUUCCCUGCUUCUGCAUCUCUGAAAUAACAGGCUCUGACAUUUCCUUUUUGUGCACACUCAACUAGAGGCUGUCUUGCGUCUGGAAGCGAGCAGUGAUGUCUAUGGAUCCAUCAGUUCAUUUAAGAGAAUUCCAGCAUCUCAUGGAAGAGCAGUGACCCGCCACUGCUGGUUCUGCAUCGGGAAACUUCUAAUUUAAUCCACAGCUCACCACAGUGGCCUGCAGGUUUGUGAAUUUUCUGCCAAGUGAACAAAUCAUCCAUAGGUGAUUAAUCUGUGUCCUCCAUCCGCUUCUCUGCACAUUAAUAAACCAAAGCAAAGAAAAAGUGUAUUGCUCUGCAUUCUGGUGUUGAGCAGUGCUGUUUGUUUCAGAUGAGAGACAGUUGGGCAUGUCACUUGGAAACCUGCAGUUACGAUGCAAAUGUCAUUGGCCUGUUUACAGUGUUAUUCUGAUUGUUGUAUGUUUGUAAUACAGUUGCCUGUAAGUUAGUGAGCUCGGUAGCAGAGGAUGCUGUAGGCACUGCUUGUCGCCUUAAUUUUGGUCUCAGUUUGAGUGAAGCACCACCCAAAGGGAUUAUACAGCAGAACAGAUCUGAGUGGCUGAUGUGCAAGUAAAAUCAAGGCAGCUUCCAUGUAAACUUAUGCUCAACCAUAUUUGUGGCAAGUGCAAUAUUUAAAGUCAUUAAGUCAGAAGGCAGCACAUGCUAAGCAGUAAUUGUCCUGAAACCUGCACUGGUACCUGUAAGACUGUGUAGCUACGAGUAACUCUAGGUGUAACUGAGCCUGUGGGAUGAAGAGCAGACUUCUCAUGGAGGGGACCUUGUGGUGCCGCAGGAACAAGAAAUAGUCUCACUGCUGCUGACAAGGUUCUGUUCUUUGUGCCUCUCCCCACCGUGGGAAGAAGUUCCUCUGCCGGGGCCUGCUGAUCUGCACUGCUGCAGCCAGUGGCACAGCGUUUCUGCUGCAGCCCCGUGACAGCCGCUGCAGGAAGCAGAGCCAGGGAAAGCUGCUCUGCUUUGCUUUCUUAGGAUUAUGCUGUGCAACUGGCUUUUUAAUCACUGUCUCACCUGGGACUCUGAAAUCCCUCACUACCUCGCUACCAGGGUAACCUUUAAUGAAAACAAACCUAUUUUUGUUGGUGAAAACGAUUCUUAUACCUUGAAAAGGUGAUUAAAAGCCCAAACUCAACAGAUUUAUUUUGAAAAGACUCUUUGCAAAUCUCUGGGAGAGAAGGAAAAUAAUUCUCCUAAAUCAGGAAGAAAAUCAAUAGUAGAUGUUGCUCCACAGAAGCCCACAUUAUUUUGCCUGCCAGCAAUGAAGACUAAAGAGACCCCUACUAGUCUGAGAAGAAAAGAGACUUUUUUGAAUUUGCAUUGUGUUGGUUUUUUUGUUUGUUUGUUUGUUUAUUUUUCUGUACGAAAUCCAUUUGCAAAUAUACUUAAUGUUCAGUGCUUUAUUUUCAUUUGGCGUUAAAUCAGAGGACAUGCUAUGUGUGGAUGACAGCUGGGCUAAUCGACUUGACAGAAUGGAGUGAUCCAUUGGUUAUCUUCAUAGCUGAUUAACACAAAAUUCAUGCGGAAUUUUAAAUUUUGCCUAAAUGUCUUUAUCUGCUUUGAAAAUCUUUCCUGUUAUGUUUUGUUUGUGUUUAGUUUAGUUUAGCCUGAGUGGCUUUGUGAAAGAUGUAGAGAAGCACCAGUCUUAUUUGAAAUUAGCAUUUAAGGCUUGUUAAGCUUUCUCCCUGCUCAGCACGUGGCGAGCAGCAGCAGGUGGUGGCUUCGAUCAUCUCACCCACAAGAACAGUGGGCACAGCUCAGCUCGUGGCUCCUCAGCCCUUAGUAGUCAGGGGAGUGCCGAGGAGGUGCUGAGGUUUUCUGCAAAUAAGUGCACAGGAUGCUGUGAUGUGCUUGAAGAAUAUCCUCUGCUUACAAAAGGGACAACUGAAGUAAGUUACAAAUUCCUCUAGUUUACAGUCUGUCUAAUGUGAUUUUUCCCUUCACUUCUUUGGACAUAAUAGUCAGGAGAAUGUCUAGUGGAGGAAAAUGAUUGUGUUACAGAGGACUCACGGAGUUCAUCGCUAAAACCUGUCCCUUCACUGCUCUCACCUUUUCACUGACUCCUGCUGAUUUCAUGUUGUGUUUUUAAAACAUAUUACAUGUAAUUUGUGUGCCUGUACUUGCAUAUGCCCAGUAUAUGUAAUACUUGCAUUGUUUUUGUGCGUGCUGCAUUGCAGUUGCACUGAGAGGCUCCCACACCUACAGCUUUCUCCAGUUAGAAAGCUCGUGGUGUGCAGGGAGGUGCCUGCACAUCCAAGCUGUCCCCUGCGCUGUGCCACUGGUCCACACUGCAGCACGCCGUGCUCCUCCAGCCAGCAGCAUCUCUCUAACUCGCCGGAGGAUCCAAGCACAGCACAAGAACGAGCAGCGUGAGGGACCUUUGCUCAUCCUGGGGACUGCCUGGAGCUCUGCUCGCUGUGGAGCCGGCCCCUGGGAAUGACCCGUGCAUUUCUGUCUUCGGCCAUACAAAGGGGAGGGUCAGAUGCACUGCAGAAUCUAGUUGUUUACUCUCUGGGGAUGGUAAAAAGUCCUAAAGAAGCUCUAUAUGAUUAAUUUGUGCACUUGCAUCAAUGCCUUUCAUGUGUGGAAGAGAAUGGGUUGUUCACAGAUGAGUAAGCAUCUCCUUAGGUUUCAUAGCUCUGGGGCUGUUUCAUUUAUUGUGUUCUGGGUAAUAAUAUGAGACCGUGUUUCUGAAGCUAAGCCACCUCUUUACAGAGAGACUGAUGCACAGAAAUAGGGCACAUCAUUCAGACAUGUGCAGCCUGGCUCGUUUGAGCCUCCUUCCCCCCAGAUUCUUCCUGCAACACGUGCUCCUUCCUCCAGGUUGCACUUAGGCUGCUGCAGAGGCAAUUUUGCAAGGAGAAAAAAGCAUCCUCUAACUUGUGUGCUCAGGUAAUCACUACAAGCUAAUUGCAGCAAAUUAAUUACUGCACAAACACAAUUUCUUUCCCUAGGCAUGUGUAUAGACAGCUCUGCUUCUGCUGCAGUGAGCUGGGUUGAACUCAGACCCUACGGCCAGCACACGAAUCCUUUUCCCCUGCUGUCCUGCCCAGCCUGGAGCUUGUCUGGUCUUAGAGAAUGAACAAAGGUGGGAGACUGGUAUCUAAGUUAGAAAAGCAAUGUUUUAUGCCACUCUGGCAGCUUUGCGAUAGAUGGUUUGUCCUGAGACGCUGCAAGGGUGGUGUGAAGGUAGGUGGGAGCGCAGAAGGAGAGGCAGUGAGGAUGCAAUGCCACGUCCCACGCUGCCACAUCCCAGCAAGCAAGAGGCAUGCGAGGUGAGCGCCAGACACCCUGCCACCCCCUCUGCUGCCCUGCUUCAGGCCAGGGUAACCAGGGCAGCACAAUAUUUGCUUCUGUUGCCAGCGUUGUCCUGGUCCAGUCAAUCAGGCUUUGGUCCCUAAAUCCUUUUAAUCUCUUGCUUUUCCUAAGUUCAUUAGGCCUUCAAAGCAAGGCAUAAAAAGACAAAUCUCCUAGUGGGAAGUCAGUGAUCCCUACAGAAAUGCCUCCAGAUUGCAUGCUCUUCUCUGAUGUUGAGACCAGUAUACCAUCCCAGGCUUAAACGCUGUGUGCAGAUAUGUUGGAGAGCUUUGAAAAUGGAUACAGUGAAACCCUUGCAUCCCUGAAGGUUAGUUUAAAUUGAAGGGUGAAGAACACUUGCUUAUAAUUUCUUUGUUAAAACAACACAGGCUGCAUUUUCCAUGCAGCACAUCUAUACGUUACAAAAGUUAAUUUUGUUCUGAUCAAAGUUACCCAGCUUAAAAUUCUGUGCAAGACGGUCUGUAAGGAAAAUACAUCUCAAUAAUUGUCAGUCUGGUUGUGUCUUGCCACACACGCAUUUCUAAGGAACCCGUGCCAACUGGAGCACUGCAGGCACUGGGUGGCAGCUGGAAGUGUGAUUUCAAACACCAGAGCUGUAGUCUUGUAGAUGUGUUCUCUUCAAGUUUUGUAGCACAUGCUAAUACACUUCUCCAGGCUUUGAUGCAAGACUGCAGGUUAUGUUUCAGAAGGCAAGACGCUACCUUUCUGUAGUGUUUAAUGUGCAGACAUAUUACAGCACAAAUAAUACAUGUUUUUUAACUGGCUUCCUGUGCUAAGGCAAUAAAGCUCUAUGGCAACAGUGUGUAAAGUGACUCUGCCCUGAGACACUCCACUUAAUACAAAGAAAUUAAUCAUGGGAGAAGAAUACUUCUGGUAUGUAAGUGGUACUUUCUUUGUUAAGUUCCUCUUGCAUCAACUUAAUUAGCAAGUCCUGACCUUUAAAACCACCUUCCAUAAUCUUCAAAUUAUGUAUGCAAAAGUCUGCAUUCCUCCUCCUGGCUAUGCUAGCAGCUUGCCACACUUCUCUGGGUUUCUCUGAGCUCCUGCAGUGUGUGGCCAGCUGGAAGUCCUCUCCCACCAGCGAGAAGUGAUUGGGAACCUCUGCCGCUGAUGUGGUGUGAGACGGGAAGGACCCAAUUUGGUUGUUCAAUAUUCAUAACAUUAAGAAAGAGCAAAUAGCCAUUGACUUUCCAAUGUGUUCCCCACUUAUAUUACUGCACUGAACUUGAUUUCAAGACUUGAGGAUAAAUUUUCUAGUCUAAUUCUAUUUUCAGUGUCAGAAUAGGGAUGAUGGAGCUAUUCCUAUUGACCUAGUGAUGUUUAUCUUUGCUAUGUAUGUUCCGGCUUUCGAGUGCUGGGCCAGGAGGCAGCUGCAGAACUCUUCAGGACUGAGCAAUGUAUUACACUUUUAUAGCUCUUUCUUACUUAUUACUUGUACCCUCAGUCACAGGAGAGCUAAAGCAAACUAUAAAAUUCCUUCUCUAUAUCAUUUCCUCAUUUUCCCAGCACCUUUGUUCAUGUCAUAAUCCUGCCAGUACAACUCAAAAUCAUCUCCGAGUGCAGCUGGCUUGUACCCUUGCCAGGACCUCAUUUCACAUCCUUUAACAGAGGGGUUGCAGGCUGUGGUUUUGCUAAAGGCACAGGGCUGAACAUGAACAGCUGAGGCUAAGCAGUUCCCUUGGAUGUCUCUCCGUGCCAGAGGGCCACCAAAUGCGCUGGAGUCCGUCAUCGCCCUAGCCAGCCUCUCCUGGCUCCCCUCCCACACCCACAGCCCCCUGGUCCUGGAGCUGACCCCCACCUAGUCCUGGCUCCAGCUGGCCCCUGGGGGGCUGCAAGAGCUGGGCUGCUCCCCCAGGGCAGGCGGGGUGGGAGCCACGCUGAAGUGGUGCUGCAGUGGUGAUGGUAGCAGCUUGCCUGCCUCGAUGGCACGAGCUGGAUUUGCCAUGCCAGGGCUUGAAAGAGAACAGUUUAGGCAGCAUCCCCUUUGUGGCUCGCUGCUUGCUAAUCGAGCCUCAUGGUGUUCUCAUAGAUCUUUGACAAUAGCCUUUGUCUAAUAUGUUUUUAAUCAGUGUGUGCAUUUCAAUUUGCAUAUUAAUAGCAAGGAGAUGUUAUUAUAUGCUGCUGUUGAUGAGAUGGUUGUCAUGCCUAGCCUUCCAGUCUGAGGAAAGAAAGAAGCUGUGUCUAUUGUACAAAAGAUGAAAUUGCACACAUUUUAGGAUCUACUAUUCUCUGCCUCUAUCUUUAUUUAUAUCUGCUUUUAUUUUUUUCUUAAUAGCUCACAUGGGUUCUCUCUCUCUCUCUCUCAACAAGCGUAAUUUAAUAGGAUUUUGUGUCUGUUGUGACAGGUCCAAGAUAACCUAAAUAUCACAUUUUUCUGGACAUUUUUGACUUGUGAAAUAGCAAAAGCUUGACCCAGUCUAGGAGCCUGUCUAUUGCAGCUGACCACAGUAGCUUGUUUAAAUGCCAGCAAUGAUCAAUGGCACUGCUCAUUCUUUGGGUUUCUGCAUUUCACAGCUACCACAGGUGUAGGCUUUGAGCAGAUGCCAGCUGCCUGGAUGCAGUCUCAAAGCCAUGGCUCACCCUCACCCCCUGCAGAGGCUGGAGCAGAGCAGAGCUGGAGCUGUGCGUGCUGCUCCCUAGCAGAGGUGCCAGGAGGAGCAAGAGGAGUGGGGGCUCGAGGAAAGGUGAAGAACAAGCCCCGAGUGCCAGUUCCUCAUGCUGACUGUUUUCCAACUUCACACCACAGGAUAAGCAAUGCUUUUGUCUCAGGUUCUCCGACUGAUGAGGAGGUGAAUGUUCUAAAGUGUGGCUAGGUGAUUUAGGAGCUGAGCUCCAUCUGCCUGCAGUUCACAUCCCCUGCUGUUAGCAUUUAAUCCCAAAUCGUCCCCAAGGCUUCUCUCCAGAUCCUGGCACUAGGAGAGUGUUUAUCUUGUUUUCUUUCUGCUUUUCCCAUCCCCUUUCUCUCCCGUGCUGUGUCAGAUGCACAGACCUCUCUCUCACACAGCACAGACACAGGCUCUCUGUGGCUUUCAGAUUUGGGAGGUGAUUUUGUGUGUGCUGGUUCUGCUCUUCACCUUCCUUCCCUCGUGGAUCAGCAGAAAAAUGGCCUGAAGGCAAAAAGCCAAGAGUGAAAGGAGAGAGAUGAAAAGAGAAACUAAAGAAAUUGGAAACAGAAGAAAAAAAUCUGGAGGAAUAAACACAUCCCCCUCCCAGCCUGACUCCUCUAAUUGCUCUCGUAGCUCCCUGGCAGAGAUGUGGGGUGGAGGAAAAGCAAACCUUUUUGGCCAGUGUGGGCUGGAUGCCAGGGGCUCCUGCUGGUUCCUGCUGGGAGGAGAGUAGCAGCUUUAAGCCCAGUCCAGUUUUAGCAUCACUAAAUUUUAAACAUGCUCUCCUAAUCUGAGAUCAAAGCACACCGUCAGCAAAGGGCAUCUGGAGGGAGAACAGAGCUGUGUUUUUUGUCGUUUCUCCUCUGCCAACAAAGCUCUCCUUGCUGAGGAGCGCCCAGCAAGGGGGUGCUGGAGCUCAGCGCUGCGCUCCUGCAGCUGGAAAUGGGUCCCUGCCCUCCCAUGCCUAGCUCUGGAAGGAGCAGCCAGGAGAAGGCAGGGAAAGCCACUGCCAGCCUCAGGAGCAUCCCCGUUUGCUGUGCAAAAUGACAGCAGCAGGCGCAUGACUGAAGAGCGGAAUAGGCACUAUUCAUGUAAGCGCUGCAUAAAUAUUGAGUGACAAUAUUUUGAAAGAGAACCCUCUCAGUGAUCUGUGAGCAGGGAGGCAGUGCAGAAUUAGGUGUUUUCAAUCACACCGGCUCCACAAGAAAAGGAACCUGGCUGCUGAUCUGAAAUCAGCCUGCAGUUUCUGCAGCCUCCCACUGCAGGCUGUACGGGACAAAAGGAGCAAUAUGAGGUAGGAAAAAAAACCCUGCAAGCAAUUGCUGUAGAGAAAGUGGCUGGAGUAAUAAGACCAAGCAAAGGCGUGGGAUGGAUGUUUCACUCCAGAGCUUCAAUCCAUUUAUAUAAUCAUAGUUGUUAUCAUAGUAAAUGUAAAUAACUGAAUGAGUUCAAAUUUAGUAUUUGACAACACUGACUCUUUCUGAGUACACACUGAAUUCUUGUAGAAAGCCUUUAUUUCAUCAGACAGUCUAACAAUAUUUUAAACAAUCCUUUAGGCACUUAGUUAGGACCAUAUUCUGUGAUUUUUCUUGCUCUCUGAAGCAUAAAGCCUCUUACAAGUUCAUGUUUUAAGUGAUUGCUUGAAUCAAAAUAUGUGGCAGUUUGGCAGCUUGCCUUUUACUGCAUUGCUAUAGCCUGCAAUAAUAGCAAUAAUGGUAUGAUGAAAAUACAAAAAAAAGCUGUUUUGCACCUUGUCAGCCAAAGGCAACAAAUAUCCAGGAUAACCUUACUUUAUUUUCUAUUGGAUGUGGUGGCCCUGAGCCCUCAGUGGCAUCCAAGACAGGCGUCAGAGCCACAGUCUGUCCCACCACGCUAAGGAAGCAUCCUUUUUAAUUAGCGCUGCUGGCAGGCUCCUGUCCUUGAGGCAGAGCUGAGCACGGUGUCCUUCCUCACCGGUGUUCAUCGCAGGUCUGGAUCUCACGGGGGCUUUGCUCUCUGCACAGAUUUCUGCUCCAUUCCUUGAUGAGUGCUGAUUCCCCACCAGGCAGGGCCAGUGGCAAUAGGGCAGAGCAUGACAGACCCCACCGCGUCUGGCAGGUGCUGGGGGAGCUGCUGUUCCCUGUGCUGAAGCAACAUCCCCAUCCCUCAGCAGCCUUGAGGUGCUUUGCAGGUGGGCUGUGGUGGGAAAGUGCUGCUCUGUGAGGUGAGAUCAGCACCCUGGGGCUGGAAGGAGGUUUUCAAAGGCCUGGAGACAAGUGGUAUUCAGAAAUAGAUCAGAACGAGCACUUCCAUCCAGAAAGGAAGCACUAGUAAAAAGGUGGUUCAAAAUAGAAUCUUCUGUGAUGUCCCACUCGCACAUAUUUUUAACGAGACUAGUGCUGGUCUUAACAGGCAAAUGACCUAAAUUCAGCCACAGCUCUGUACUGUUGAUUCAAUAGCUUCUCUUAAUGAGGAAAUGAUUAUGUUCAUUGGGAAAUAUGGGAUGCAGCAGGUGCAUGGUGUUAAAUAAUGAACAAGCAACCUGGCUAGUACCAGGAAUGUGAUGGUGCCUUGCUGGGGAUGAGGGGACCUCGGAUGGACCCUCUGCAAGGAUGCUUCCUUUGUGUGUGGCCUUGCAGAACACGAAGGGAUGCUUGUGCUACAGGGCGUUUUUAUUCAGGCUGCCAGGUGGGGCUCUUGGUUUGUAAGGUGACACUCUACUUUCUUCCUUGCCCCUGCCCCUCAAAGCAGUUUGAGGCACAGACUGCACAGGCCUAUGCUUUCUGCUGUUUCUGCGGGCUUAAGCAGUGUGCACCUUUCAAAGGCCUGGCCUGAGCCCAGCUUAGAACACACGUCUCUAAAUCACCAUGAGUCCUGGCACAACCGCUCCCCCCUACCCUGAUGUGAGUCACUUCCAAAUACACCUUUGGUUCAUUAAUGCAGUGAUGCAUUAAAAUGAAUCUCAGUAAAACGACAAUGCUGAUGACAACAAUUCCCACCCUCCACCCACCGUCUGUCCCAAAUCCUCAGGUUAAUUUUUGCCUUGAAUCUGGCAGAUGGAAGCACCAAUAUUCUGCAAAAUUGUGUCCAGAUCCUGAGGGGACCUGGGCACCGCCAAACAACUUCUGUACCCUGAGACCAUGGGCUCCUGCGGAGGGAGGCCACCUGGAAGAGACGAGCUGCGUUAGGCUGCAGUAGCUCAAGCAGGGCACAGCCUGUUGGUGCUCACCGUGCAGGCCUGCAUCAAGCCCUAGGACUGCAUCUCUGUUGGCGGUGCACCGACUUUGGGAUCCAUUGCCUGGAACAAGACCAAGCAGUAACUGGAUGACCGUAAGGUUUUGCUCUAGCAUUGAUUGAAUUAGAUGGUGAUUUGUGGUAUGUUACUCCAUGGAGCCAAGCAGGAAAAGGCAAAGGAGAAUGGAGGACAAGUAUGUGUGCUUUCUCAGCUGGCAAAAACUAAAGCAAAGCGGCUUGUAGAGGAGACCAAAACUGCCCCUGGGCUCAAACCUUACAAAACAGAACUAAAAAGCUAGAUGACGUGCUCUUUUCUAGUGAUUUUACUCAGUGGGCAGUGAAGCACAGUUGAUAAGCAGGGCAGCGUAAAUCAGCAAAGUGUCUGAUACAGCCCAGCAUGUACUGAUGUGACCUGGAAAGCUCCGUAAGCCAAGCUAUUAAAUCAUUUGCACAAGAAAAGCAGUCAAGCCCUGCUUUACCAGUAGGAACCAGCACUUUGGUAAAACUCAUCUUUAUUUUGAAUGUUGUCCUCAACAUUACAUUGGUGGCCACUUAACAGUAAGUGCCUACAAGCUCUGAAAAUAAGAAGGCAAAAAUCAGACUUUCUGCUCUUUUGACCAAAGGCCUGUUGAUUUCCUUCUACAAAUUACCUGGCUUCAGCCUGUCCCCUGCCUUUCCUGGCCAGGACUCCUCGGAUGGUUUGUAGGAGUGAGCUCUGGUGGUGUGCAGGCAUCCACGCACAUCUCGCUGCCUGCGUCCCCCCUGGACCAGCAGAGCCCUCCCCAUGCCAGGCCCCAUUCCUCACCGGCCCGGGCUCAGCUGGUGCCAGGAGAGGCACCAACAGGCGAUCACCCAUGCCUGUGGCACCGUGCUCGGCUGGGGAACAGGCAGCUGUGCCGAACGCCUGCUCCCUCCCGCUAAUUAAAAACCCUGCGUGCACUUCUGCAGCAGGGAUGCUCCCAAAGACCCAGCUGCCUUGCUAGCUCCAGGUCAGAUCCGUCCAUGCGCUCACACAAGCUCAACCAGUAGCCAGCUAAAAAUGCCCCGGCGAGGGAUGCGAACUGCCAGGGAGCCGCUGCUCAGCACAGCACGGCCAUCAGCCUCCCGGGGCUGGGGGGAGCUGGCAUCGCCCCAGCCCUGGUGGCACGGCAGCGCGGGUCGGUGCUGGUGGGGCAGGCACGGAGCUGCCUUUGAGAUGCGGGUUUCUAUUUGCAGAUGCUUUCCAGCUACAAUAAUAGCAAUAGUGACUGUGUUAGAGUUCUUGUUGACUUUCACCUCCAUAAUCAGCUCUGUGUAAUUUAGGAUUAAUCGUAGCGGUGACGAUCUAAGGAUAUAAGCAAAUUAAGGUUUAUAGCAAAAUGCACUGCUUUUUUAUUAGAGUAUGCAAUAUAGUUAGAACCUGGACAAGCUUUAGGGUGCACAGAUUCUUCUUUGGGUCUGAAAUGGAAACAACGAGCUUUAAGCUAGACAGAUACUGGAAAAAAAUUCAGCUUCAGUUUAACAUAAUUACGGCAGCAAACUAGACAGGAGGAAAAAGGUAGUAAGCACCUGCAAAAUUAGCUAUUAUAAACGUCAUGUAUUAUUUCAAGUCUGGGAUCUUUAAAUAGUGUUAGAACCAUCACCUAAAUUUCCCAGCACUUGAAAUAAAUUUAUUGUUUUGCAAUGGACAAAAAAAAUGGAAUUGUCACUUGGCAGAUGAGAAUUACACACAUUGUGGUUUGCAUGUAGGGUGUUUUUGUACAAUCCUCUCCAUUGACAUUCAGCGUGUUGUGUGUUUUGUACGUGGCAAUGUCCAACCUGGUAAUUUCUGUUCUGAGAACAGGAUAUUUGUGUAUGUACCAUUUCUGAAGUAAGCACAAUCAUAGAGAAGUAUUUCAAAAGGAAUGUUAAAAAUAAAUAAUUUGAAAUCUGUGA